GCCAGUAGCCGUAGGAUGAUGCGCGAGCCAUCAAUGAUUGUCAGAGAGACUGCAGCUGAGCGAUUGGAAGAGAGACGCGAUUGGGCUUAUUCCAAACCCGUUGUGAUUCUUGAUAUUAUUUGGAACUUUGCCUUUGUUAUUGUGGCCGCUACAGUGUUUGUCAUGAGCAUAAAUGAAUCACCAAGCAUGCCUUUGAGGUUGAUUGUGGGUUACGCUCUGCAAUGUGUCCUUCACACAUUUUGUGUCUGCGUUGAGUAUAGCAGACGGAGGCGUUACCAACACAGUCAAUCCCCGCCAUUAUCGAACUCAGUGCAAGACAGGUUUGGCAGCAGUGACAAUUCGAGUUCCGGUUCAAGGGAGAAUUCUGGGCAUUAUGAAAGUUUGCCUCAAUCCGCGAGGAGCAGUGCUGCAAAGCAUCUGGAAUCAGCCAAUACAAUGUUUUCAUUUAUUUGGUGGAUUGUUGGAUUUUACUGGGUGUCCUCUGGCAGUCAAGCUUUAGCCCAUGAUUCUCCUCAGCUUUACUGGCUAUGUAUUAUUUUCCUGGCCUUUGAUGUUUUCUUUUCUUUCUUUUUCUGCGUUGCACUGGCAUGCAUUAUUGGAAUUGCUGUUUGCUGUUGUCUUCCAUGUAUCAUUGCUCUUCUUUAUGCAGUUGCAGACCAGGAAGGGGCAACGAAACAAGACAUUGAGCAGUUGUCAAAGUUCAAAUUCCGAAAAAUAGACAGUGAGAAAGUUGCAGGUAGUACCCAAGGACCUGUGGGAGGAGUGAUGACUGAAUGUGGCUCUGAUUUACCCACAGAACGCGUUCUUUCUGAGGAGGAUGCGGAAUGUUGCAUAUGCCUUUCUGUUUAUGAGGAUGGGGUUGAACUAAGAGAACUUCCUUGCGGUCACCAUUUUCAUUGUGCCUGCGUGGACAAGUGGCUGUAUAUAAAUGCAACUUCUCUUUGCAAGUAUAAUGUUUUGAAGGGUAGCAUCCAUGGUCAAGAAGAAGUUUAGAAGACGCUAGAAAAUAAUAAUUAUAGCAGCCAUUUAAGUAUUUCAAUCCCCUUCUGGUUCAGUUUAAUGGGCACAGCAUGUUCCUCUACUUCAAAAUACAUGGUUCUUUCAGUUGUUACUUCUGCUUCUGCGGCUUCUUGUCUUGAAAUCCUAAGUGGUUUUUGUAUAUAAGCACUGCUCACUGCUGUAACAACCGGUUAUAAUGAUCAUAGAGGCAAUCUGUUUUAUGUCUUAUAUGAAUGUAAUGAUUAUUGUUGUCGUCUUUGGCUCA